GAAAGUUGGGAGUUUGGGGCGUUGAGUCACCGGCUCAGAGCCCGCUCGGGACAGGAGCCGCCGGGACCCGGAGCCAGCGAUGGAGACUCGGGGGGGCCUCGCCGUGGUGCUGCUGGUGCUGCUGGGGGGCGCCCGGGGCGAGCCGGCCGCAGGUCCCUCCUGCCCGGGGGGCCAGUCGUGGAGCCCCGACCUGGACAAGUGCAUGGACUGCACCAUCUGCCUCCACCGCACCAAGAACGACUUCUGCGCCACAUGUGGCGAGCCCCAGCCCCAGGACUCCCGGCUGUGGCUGGCUGUGGGGGGCGCCGUGGGGGGAGUCGCUGUGCUCGGCCUGGUGGGGGGGGCACUGCUAUGGGCCCGCUGCCGCAAGAGGGAGAAAUUCACCACCCCCAUAGAAGAGACUGGAGGCCACUCGGGCGAAGAGUCGCUGAUAGAUUGAUGGUGACUCUGGUCUGGGCAGCCGUGGGGCGGAAUUGGAGACAUUAACCCUUGGAUCGCCGCAGGAGCCCCAGCCGCAGCCUUUGACCAGCGUCCCCCCGAACCCUGAUUUUCACCACUCCCCAGAAGGACUCUUGGAAGCGGGGGGGGGGGGAUGUUCUAUUUUGCACAGAUUCGGGGGCUGCUGGAGACCCCCAAACCUUCCCCUCACACAUCAUGUUUCUAGAAAAAAUUGGGGGGUGUCUGCUUGAAAUACUCCCCCCGGCCCUGAGAUGGGGGCUGGGGUUUUCCCCAAUGCCCCAUAUUGGGGCCUCUCCGGCAGCAUUACAAAUUUGCACUUCCCUGGCUUAGGAAGGGGGGAUCUCACAUUACAGGGGAUCCUCCCUGUGACCCUAAACCUCAGCUCUUGGGCUGCUGUAGAGGAAUGUGGGGUCCCUUUGGGAGCACCCCAGGGGGAGACUUGGGGUCCGCUAGAGGCCGUCUAGGGUCUCUUUAAAACUUGUGUAGAACUGGCCCCCCCA